GGUCCAGGGGGCCCAGCCCUAUAAAAACACAGGCGAGGGUCUCUCCCCCGACAUUGAUUAUACUGGAUCUGUCCCACCUCAGUACCGUCUAGAGUAACCCCCGAGGGAGAAGCAGCAGCCAUGAACACUCAACAGAUGGAGCAGAUGGGCCAGUUUAAGAUCACAGUCUGGGAGGAAGAGAACUUCCAGGGAAAGCGCUGUGAGUUCAUGCUGGAGUGCCAGAACAUCAUGGAGAGGGGCUUCAACAAGAUCCGCUCCAUCAAGGUGGAGAAUGGACCCUGGGUGGGUUAUGAGUACCCUGAGUUCCAGGGACAGCAGUUCAUCCUGGAGAAGGGAGACUAUCCUCGCUACGAGGCCUGGAGCGGAAAUAGCAGCUACAGAACCGAGCACCUGCUUUCCUUCAGACCCAUCAAGUGUGCUAACCACAGUGACAGCAAGGUGACCAUGUAUGAGUGUGAAGACUUCCAGGGCCGUAAGUUUGAGCUGUGCGAUGACUACCCAUCCCUACAGGCCAUGGGCUGGUGCAGCAAGGAGGUUCCCUCUAUCAAAGUCAACUCAGGAGCCUGGGUUGCCUACCAGUUCCCUGGUUACCGUGGCUACCAGUACAUCCUGGAGAGAGAUAGACACCAAGGCGAGUACAGAAACUACAAUGAGUACAGCACCCAGGCUCACACCAACCAGGUGCAGUCCAUUCGUAGGAUCCAGCACUAAGCCUCCACACUGCCGGCCUGACCCCACCUGAAAAAGAAAGAAAAAACCCCUCCCCAUAAUCGCGCUCUCAACUUGAACCCUGGACAGAUCGCUGUCACAGAACAGUAGAUGGACAAACUCUUUCUAUCACUCUGUGGCUCUGCAUGUAUGGAUAUCUAAGUACCUACUUCUACUAUCAUGCUGAAGCAUGUUCUUGAAAUUCUUGAAAUAGGAAAUAAAGGCUUUUCUUCAAAACUAGACACUGUUUGUCGGUAUUCUUUUUUUUUCUUUUUUUUACAUGAAAGUUUAUCAACCCAAAUAGAAUAAAUGGAAAUGAAGAGCUCAGAGAAACUGGCUGUAAUACUCGACUUCUACUAAGCUAUUAAUCUGUACCUGCAGUUAGACUGCAGGUGUCCAAGCAUUGCAAAACCUUUGUAGCUCUAUGAAGAAGUUGUUCUCAGAGGCAGGUUUUGCUUUGUGUUUAUUUGAAGUGCAUAUUUGGCCUUUCAGUGAACAUCCCUGGAAAGAUUUGAUUCUGUUAGGCUUUAGGAUGUAUAAUGUUGUUCUUGUCAUACUGUAUUCUUAUUUCCAAUAAACAAGAGCACAAGAUCA